GUCACUUCCGGUGAGCGGGGCACGAGCGUUCAACGGCCUGCAGAGCAUCAUGCCCAAGUUUUACUGUGACUACUGCGACACGUACCUCACCCAUGACUCUCCAUCUGUGAGAAAGACUCACUGCAGUGGCAGGAAACACAAAGAGAAUGUGAAGGACUACUAUCAAAAAUGGAUGGAGGAGCAGGCCCAGAGCCUGAUCGACAAGACAACUGCUGCAUUUCAACAAGGCAAGAUUCCUCCGACUCCAUUUUCUGCUCCUCCUCCGGCAGGGGCAAUGAUCCCACCUCCGCCCAGUCUCCCUGGUCCUCCUCGCCCUGGGAUGAUGCCAGCACCCCAUAUGGGGGGCCCUCCCAUGAUGCCAAUGAUGGGCCCCCCUCCACCUGGGAUGAUGCCAGUGGGACCUGCUCCUGGAAUGAGGCCGCCAAUGGGAGGCCAUAUGCCCAUGAUGCCUGGGCCUCCAAUGAUGAGACCCCCUGCCCGUCCCAUGAUGGUGCCCACCCGGCCUGGAAUGACUCGACCAGACAGAUAAGGAGAGUGGGAGCCGAUCUCUCUCUCUCUCUUUUUCUCUCUCUCCACUUCCUGUCACUUGUUCUUCUUCACCAGGAGAUCGUGGUGCUGUGACUCUGGGUAUUCUCCAGCGGCAUUAGAGGGAGACUUGCCCCCGCUUCCCAUCAGAGAGAGGAUAGUUUUGGAGGGGGUAGUAAAUGGAACAAAAAAACAAUUUUCAUUUGUAUUGUGAAACAUGGAAAUAAAGUUGUCGACUCUUAGUUAAAAGAAACAUGCUCCUUCUCCCUUCUGUGUAUUUUAAGGGAGAUGCUGCCUUCCACUUUGUUUCUCUGCUGAUUAGUCACACCUGGGCUUACUCCUGGCUCUGCACUCAAGACUUGCUCCUCCUGGCUUUGCUCGGGUAACCAUAUGGGAUGCCAGGGAUCAAACCUGGGUUGGCCGUGUGCAAGGCAUGUACCCUGCCCGCUGCCCUACCUCUCUAGCGCCUCUUUCUGAUUUUUUAACACAUCUUCUGCCUGGCAUUCUUUU